AAUAAGCAAUUUGAACUCUAACUAUACGAUGUGCCCUACCUAUCCAUUUGCCUUGAUUAUCCCAAACUCUAUCAGUGAUGUCGAGAUACAGCAGGCUUGUACCUUCCUUGCACGUUGUAGAUUGCCUGUAAUUUCCUGGUGUAAUCCAGGAACUGGAGCUGUCCUCGCCCGAUCUUCACAACCACUGGUUGGCCUCAUGAUGAACAUGCGAAGCAAUUCUGAUGAGAAACUAGUUGCCGCACUUUGGACUCAACUUUCUGGAGUAAGGGAACGCCGGAGGAAGCUGUAUAUAGCUGAUGCAAGGCCUAGAAAAAAUGCACUGGCAAAUGGUGCAAUGGGUGGUGGGUCAGAAUCCUCCGCCAACUACUCCCAGUCUGAGUGAUGUUAUCAAGCAACGGUGCUCAGCAAAAAAUGGUGGCUUCGGCAAAUAAGCAUCGCCGAGAUGUAGAAUUUGAAGUGGGAGAUCUAGUGUUCCUGAAAUUUCGGCCUUUCUGUCAAGCGACAUUGUUCAAGGUCUCUAAUCGAAAGCUUGCUCCAAGGUUCUUUGGACCCUUUCCUAUUAAGGAGCGUAUUGGUGAGGUUGCAUAUAGCUUACAACUUCCAGCGGAUGCUAAGAGUCGCCCAGUGUUUCACGUCUCUCUUCUUAAAAAGGCCAUCGGGGCACACACUGCUGACACAAACCUGCCCGAAGAACUCAACAUGGAUGAUCCACCCUUUCUACCAGAACUUAUCCUCGACAGCCGAAGGGUGCAGCGUGAAGGGCGAGAAGUGGAGCAGGUGUACACUGCUGACACAAACCUGCCGAAGAACUCAACAUGGAUGAUCCACCCUUCUACCAGAACUUGUCCUCGACAGCCGAAGGGUGCAUCGUAAAGGGCGAGAAGUGGAGCAGGUGUUACUGAAGUGGCUCGAUUACCCAAUAGAUGACACGACGUGGAUGGACGUGGAGGAUGUCCGCGGUCAGUUUCCUUACUUCCGCCUUGUGGGCAAGGCUUUUUGCAGCCCCGAGGCAGUUGAUAACGGAGGCAGUAAGUGGAAAGUCUACAAACGGGGUCAUCGCCACGUCAUUGACUGGAAUGAAGAUAUGCAGGAGGUGGCCAAGUGAUGUGCAGCGGCAAUUCAAUGCUGAUGAGAAACUAGUUGCGGCACUUUGGACUCAACUUUCUGGAGUAAGGGAACGCCGGAGGAAGCUAUAUAUAGCUGAUGCAAGGCCUAGAAAAAAUGCACUGGCAAAUGGUGCAAUGGGUGGUGGGUCAGAAUCCUCCGCCAACUAAUCCCAGUCUGAGAUUGUCUUCUUUGGUAUAGACAAUAUACAUGCAACGCGUGAGAGUCUUGCUCGGCUGAGAGACUAUGUUGAUACUCAUGGUGCCAAGUCAUCUGACGGGAUGUCUUCAUUUUUGAGGCACGGUGGAUGGACUCGGGGAGGAGGAAAUCUCAGCAGUAUGUCUGCUUCAGUCUCAACUCUGGGGGACAGUGGCUGGUUGAUACACAUUCAGAGUGUCUUGGCUGGCUCAGCAUGGAUUGCUGCCCGCAUUGCUCUAGAAUCAGCUACAGUGCUGGUUCACUGUAGUGAUGGAUGGGAUAGAACAACUCAGCUGGUUUCUCUUGCAAGUUUGCUGCUAGAUCCAUACUACCGGACGUUCAAAGGUUUCCAGGCUCUUGUAGAAAAAGAUCGGCUUGCAUUUGGUCAUCCAUUUUCAGAUCGUCUGGGACUGCCUACUGUAUCUGGAAGUGAAAGCAUCCCUGAAAUUACACGACAGACAUCUACUGGGAGUUUAAGCUCAUCUCCUAGUCGCCAAUCAUCCUCAUCUCAGUCUACAUCUACUCAUGCACAAAAUAACUGUUCACCUAUCUUCCUGCAGGUUUUCCUUGUAGAUUUAGUAGACUCUGCACUUUCCUGCCGGUUUGGAAACUUUUUCUGUAACAGUGAGAAAGAAAGGCAGCAAGCUGGUAUUUAUGAUGCAUGUGGGUGCUUGUGGGUGUACUUGGCUGAUUUGCGUGCUUCAGAUAGAUCUUCUGGCCAUCAUAACCAUUUCUACGACGCAUCAAAAGUUCAAGGUCCAUUAUUACCUCCUGCUGCAGCUUUAGCACCAACACUUUGGCCUCAGUUCCACCUUCGAUGGGCAUGUUCAUCAGAAGCCCAAGCUGGGGAGAUAGAGGCACAUUGUAGAAACAUGGCUGAGAAAAUAUCUGAAUUGCAGAAGGAAAAGGAUAUAGCAGAGGCAAAACUAAGAGAAACAACUUCAACUGUGGCGUCUUUGACUGAUGAGUUGCGAAAUGAGAAGCUCAACAGCAGCUCGGUAAGGGACUGGGCUAGGAGUGCCAAAAAGGAAAAUGUUGCUAUAAAGCGGGCAAUACAAUCACUUGGGUGCAAGGUUCAGUUUUCUGAAGACGGUGAUUGUAUUGUUGGCAUCGAGAACAUCGCAGCAGAGAUUCCUCAAAAAUCUCUCUUUUCCAUUGUGGAUAUGCAGUCUAGUUUGUACCAGACAGUCUCGUGUACGUUACCCGUGAAGAAGAUGAAGAUGGUGAUUCCAUCAACCCUAUAAACCAGGUAUGUGAAUCUUUAUGCCCUCUACGCACUCGAGAGGGAGGGUGUAGAUGGCCCGAAGCCGGUUGUGCCCAAUUUGGAAGCCAGUUUGUCGGUAUGAAGGAGAACUUUGAUGCUUUUGACCGGCUUUCUAUAUACGACAGCUAUUUCCAGUCACAAUAGAAGCUUUGGAGGUUGUUACAAUGCAUUUUUGUGAGAGAAUAUAAAAAAAGAUGGGACCCUCACAUUCAACAAGGGUCUUCUGGAGGUGUACAUACAUAGGCAUGAGUCAGCAUUGAUUUCUAGCGAUCCAAGAAGGUAGCACAAGGUAAAUUCGGUGUAAAGUGCAUAACGCCAUUCAUGUCAUGGGGUUUGGCUGUAACGGGUUUCUACGGCUUUAACAUACUCUCACGUCAUGGGGUUUGGCUCUUACGGUCUAAAUCCCCUGUGUAAAGGUUAGCAGUCGACAUUCAGCGACAGGUAGUAUGUGUAUAGAAUCCUACUCCCCACGUCACUUUUAGUAUGUCGGACACAGGUUUUUAAGAAAUGUAAUAAAAAAUAUUUUCUUUUACUAAGAUGAAUCAAUAAUUUAUUAUGAUAAAA